CACGCGCGCGCACGCCCACCAUGCCCGCCAUCACGAGCUUCGACAUCGAGGACCUGCGGUUCCCGACCUCGCUCGACGAGGCCGGCUCGGACGCCAUGAACAAGGACGGCGACUACUCGGCGGCGUACUGCACCUUGCGCACCGACGACGGCCAGGUCGGGUACGGCCUCACCUUCACCAUCGGGCGCGGUAACGACAUCGUCUGCUCGGCCGUCGAGCAAGUCGCGUCUCGCCUGGUCGGCUGGACGACCGACGAGCUCUUCUCGGCAGCAGGGAUGGGUCGCAUGUGGGACUACCUCCUCGCCGACUCGCAGCUGCGGUGGAUCGGACCCGAAAAGGGCGUCAUUCACAUCGCGACCGCCGCCGUCGUCAACGCUGCUUGGGACAUGUACGCUCGCCACGAGAAGAAGCCGCUGUGGCAGCUCGUCGCCGACUUCACGCCCGAGGAGUUUGUCGCCGCAACCACUUUCCGCUACAUUACCGACGCCAUCACGCCCGACGAGGCGCUCGCGCUGCUCAAGGAGAAGGAGGCGGGCAAGAAGGAACGGUUGGCCAAGCUGAAGGCGGAGGGUUACCCGGCGUACACCACCUCGGUCGGCUGGUUUGGCUACUCGGACGAGAAGGUUGCCAAGUUGACGCGCGAGGCCAUCUCGCAGGGCUUCAACCACUUCAAGAUGAAAGUCGGCGGCGGCGUCGAGAACGACAAGCGCCGGCUCGCGCUCAUCCGCUCGAUCAUCGACGACCCCAAGGAGUGCGCCGGGCGGCCCGAGCCGUCGCCUGGGAGCCUCGAGGGCAAGCAGGCGGGCCCGACCGGCUCGUGCCUCAUGAUCGACAGCAACCAGGUGUGGGACGUCCAGGAGGCGGUCGACUACGUCAAGCAGCUCGCCGAGGCGCGCCCAUGGUUCAUCGAGGAGCCGACCGCACCUGACGAUAUCCUCGGUCACGCUGAGAUUCGCAAGCAGCUCAAGCCGUACAACAUCGGCGUCGACGUCCCGCCACCGACGAGCUUCACCUUUGCAGCGACGGGCGAGCACGGCCACAACCGCAUGCUCUUCAAGCAGCUUCUCGCCGCCGAGGCGAUCGACGUCUGCCAGAUCGACUCGUGCCGGCUGGCCGGCAUCAACGAGAUCCUCGCCGUCCUCCUCAUGGCGGCGAAGAAGGGCGUGCCCGUGUGUCCGCACGCAGGAGGCGUCGGCUUGACCAACUACGUCGUGCACUUGUCCAUCAUCGACUACCUUUGCGUCUCGGGCACCAAGGAGCGCAACGUCCUCGAAUACGUCUCGCACCUGCACGAGCACUUUGAGCACCCGCCGACGAUCAACGCGCGCGGCUUCUACAACGUCCCGCUCGACCCGAACGAGGGCUACUCGAUCGGCAUGCACGACGAGAGCAAGGCGACGUACGUGUACCCGCACGGCAAGUACUGGAGCACGGCCGGCCAGGCCAAGGUCAGGGCCAACGCGACGUCGUAGACGAGCUCUCGAACGGCGAGACGAAGGACAGAAGUAUUGCAGUGCAGGUGUAUCGUGCUACAAACAGAUCCAGGGUGCGCAUAACGAGAGACUGAGAGAGACAAAGCAAGAGAGAGAGAGGGCGAGGAGGGCGAGUCUAGCCGAUGCGGCUGUGCGACGCCGUGUCGAGCCCGGGCAGCUUGGCGUGAUCGGCCGGGUUGGCCUGCGCCUCGUAGACGGUGAUGAUCGGGUCUCGCGUCAGGGCCGAGUACUCGCCCUUGAAGCCGACAAACGAGACGCGCGUCGUGUCCUCGCCGUGGUUCGAGGGAAAGAAGAGGGUGAGGGACCGGACUGAGGGGAACUUGGCAGGUCGGACGGCGUACUCGACGACCUCCUUCGUGACGGCGACGUCGAACGACUGCGUCACGUCUUGCGACGUCGCCUCGUCAAAGUCGAGGAGCUGGUUGGCGAAGACGAGCAUCUUGUCCGGGGUGUAGCCGGCUGGCCCUGUCUUGAUGAGGAUGGACCGCAGCUUGACGGAGCCGGUAAAGGGGAUGUGGAGGAUGAGCUGCUCGUCGGCGUCCGACUCGAGCCAUUCGUCUUCUUGGUUGCGCUGGUCCCAGGGGCGAAUGACGACCUUGGCGUGUUCUGGGUCGUCGCAGUUGAGGGCAACGACCUGGUCGCGGUCGACGUGCUGGUACAGAAAGUUCAAGGUGCCAUCGAGGAGGACGUGGGCGUCCUCGUCGCCGCACUGGCAGCCUGCCGGGUGCUGAGGUGCCAUGUCGAGUGCUCUUUGUUCGCUCACGCUGGUC